AUCACGAUACGCGGUUUUGUACUUUAAACGACGAUAUGCUUUUGCCCACUUCAGUUGAUACAUAUGCAUGUACAUUUUCUUAUUCAGACCAUGGGAAGUAAAACCAAAUUAUGACCCAAAUCCAGGCCCCUAUUAUGGAGUUAAAGGAUUAGAGCGAGUGUCCAACUGGAAGGUUGCCUUAGCGCUGGCACUUUUAGGAAUUACUGGGGCAAUAAUGGGUUUUGUAUCUGUAAACCACUCCUUUACGUUUAAUCGGCAAAAACUAGAUGCUAAGUCAGCAGAAGCGGGAAGUUACCACGCAGCAAUUCGCGCAGAUGCUGAAAAAUAUGGCAAUGAAGAACAAUUACGGCGGAUGUUACAUCGAAUGCUAAGCGAUGAAAGAUAAGCAAAACUCAUUCAGAAAUGCAAAAUUAAAAAACUAGUUAAUUGUAUAUUAUAGUAUAGGAGGAUUCAUAUUAGUAAAAAGGAUGAUUGUAAAAUACAUGUUUGUAGGUCACACCCAUGGUGGAUUUAUAAUUAUCACACCAUGUGCAACUUGUAUCCAUU